AUGCCGCGCAGUGAGAAGUCAAUUAAAGAUUUUAAAUUAUUGAGCGAUACAAGAUGUCGUCUCUUAUUAUUAACAUUUAUAGCAUUAACACUUAUAACAAUAUUUUCAACAAUAAAUCCUGAUUAUAAUAAUGAUGUGCUAAUUGAAGAGAAAAGACCACUGGCUGGAUAUGUAAUAGAUUUAAAUCGAAUUGAUGAACAUUGUGAACCUGAUAAUUAUAACAAAUCAAUUCUUAAAAAAUAUCCAAUGCAAGAUUGCUUGGAUUAUCUUGACAAAAAACAAUUCGAUUAUCUUAUAAAACCUGAUUCACCAAAAUAUUGUAAUGAAAAUGAUCCAAUGUUGUUUCAUGUUUUUUGGAGAGGAAAUGUGACCGACAAAUUAUCUUUAUUUAUAAAAUCUUUUUUAUAUACUCAACCAUUAAAAUGUUCCCUUUUAUACGUUUGGCUUGAUGAUGUAAACGAAGAUAUUCAAUCAAAUCCUUAUAUUUUACAAUUACUUCGAUUCAUUGGAAAAAAUAUUGAAUUUAAAAGAUGGAUAACAGAAGAUCAACUUAAUUUUAAUCCUUUAUUCAACGGUUGGGAACGUUUAUUAAAAAAAUCAAAUCGAAAAAAAGUUGUUGGAUUCAGUGAUUUAGUACGAUUCACUUUACUUCAUCGAUAUGGUGGAAUGUAUUUUGAUGCUGACGCACUUUUACUUAGAGACAUUAGUCCGCUUUAUAAUUUAGACAUUGACUUUGCUUACAGAUGGAGUGUAUGGAAACACUAUAAUACAGCUAUAUUACGACUUCAUUCUAAUAGUACUGUGGGAAGAUUAAUUAUUGAAGCUGCGAUGAAAAAUAAAUUAAAUUUUCAUCCAAUGUCUAUUAGAACUUAUCUCGUAAAUAAAUCAAUAGAAUCUAUGACAAGAGAUGAUUUGAAUGAACAUCUUUAUAUGAUGCCUGUACUCUUGUUUGAUCCUUUAUGGUUAAAAGCUGAUUUACAUCAUAAGAAAAUUCAAUUGAACCCAAAUUUAUAUAGAUGGCAAGAUGCAUAUAAUCCAACCCUUUUAGGAAAUGAGUUUCCAGGAAGCGUAUAUGAUAAUUCAACAAAUCCAUUAGAAUUGAGGAAAAUGAAUAACUUUUUCAGAGGUGCUUUCACUUAUCAUUGGCAUAAUCAAUGGAAAACGAUAAUUCAACCAACAUCUUGGCUAGGUGUAAUGCAAACUGCUUAUGAUGCAUUUCUAGAAGGCAAAGAUUCUAAUAUAUAUGAUGAAUAUUUGCCUUUAUGA